AACCACAGGAGGAGGAAUCCCUACAGCACAGCUCCCCAUGACCAAUAAGGAGGGACACCACCCAGCCACAUGGGCAAGGCCUCCCCCAAAAUAACCUGCCACUAUUGCACUGACAAAUGUUGCUACUUUUACUGGUGACAGGUUACCGUAGCUGCCCGGCUCCACAUUUUCCUGUAAACUUCAAGGUUAAUUCUCAGCAAGAAAAGAGGGAAGGCCGAGCAGCUGCCGGUGUCUGAGAUUUUCCUGGGUGGCAGGAGCCUGAAGACUGGAAUCGGCCCCCUUUCAGCACAGGUGCACUCUGAGGAUUUACUAGUCCUUCCACAGGGGCCAGCUGGGUUUAUUCUGAAGCAACAUGCAAGAGAACAGCAUUGACCAGCCACCGUCGCUGUCUCAGCUCUUAAGGGAGAGUUACCUGGCAGAAGCCACAGCCCAGCAGCGCCACAGCGAGAUGAGCCGCUCAGACGCUUCGUCCUCUCGCAUUCAGAUCUACGGGUCACUCAAAGGCAAGGCGGAGGACACUAUUGGCCACAGUGACCCCCAGUUUCCAGACCUUUCAGCCUUCCUCAGCCAGGAGGAACUGGAUAAGAGCGUGAACCUGGCCCGCCAGGCCAUCGGACACGAGCCUCGUGAGGAGAGGGCAGAGGUCAAAGCCUCUGUCACGCCAUCUACCCCGUCCAGAAUCUCCUCACCCUCAGUUUCUUCAUCCACACCCAGUUCUGUUCCCAUCUCUAACCCCUCUAAUGCUCCUUCUGCUUCCCCCUCAACUGUGCCCCUCACUCAGCCGGAAAAUUUCACAUCUGACAGAAAGAUGCACAAAGCAUCCACACGGCAGGACAAUGUGAUCAGGAGCAGCAGGGACUUUGGUGAAGGAUUCCAAGACUAUAACAGGUCAGCAAGAAAUGCCCCUUACGGUGUGGAGACCCAGUCCAAGAAGGAGUUCCUCAAUAAGGCAGCUGACUUCAUUGAGGAGCUGUCCUCUCUGUUCAAGGCCAACAGCUCCAAACGGAUACGCCCGAGAGCCUGCAAAGCCCACAGGAGCAGGAUCCCAAACAAGAGCCAGAACGAUGGGACAACUUAUCCCCUCGUCGCUGACAACCGGGAGCGCGCAGUCAUGUCCAUGGAGGUGGAGAAGGAGACACCCAGCCCUCCCGUUACACACCAACCAGUUGCCCAGCUGGGUUCUGAGACAGGACAUGUGGAGUUUCAGGACUGCUCGAUUACUGAGGAGCACCAGUGUGACUCUGUGCUCCAGGAGGCGGAGGAAGAGCCUCAAAGCUUUGCCUUAACAGAAACUCCAUAUCCAGCAGAGCCUGUGUGUGAACCGCCUCGCUUCAUCCAGAAACUGAAAAGCAGGGAGGUUUCUGAGGGCACCAAGGUCCGGUUGGACUGCAUUGUUAGAGGACUCCCUCUGCCUGAAGUCCGGUGGUUCUGUGAGGGAAAGGAGCUGGAGAACAGCCCUGACAUUCAAAUCAUCACCAGUGGUGAGCAGCACUCUCUGAUUAUUGCAGAGGCAUUCGAGGAGGAUACCGGGCGCUACUCGUGCUUUGCGUCUAACUGCUACGGUACCGACUCCACGUCAGCUGAGAUCUACGUAGAAGGUGCCUCAUCUUCCGAUUCUGAUGUGGAACCGCACUUUGAACAUGUAGCCCAGCUGCAGAGAAACCAACCAAAGUCAUCCCCAUCUUUACCGUCAUCUGUAAAUGAAACCUUCCCUCCAGAGGAGGAGGAGAGCGUGUCAUCCCAGACUGCAGCGGCCCCCGAGGAACAACCAGAGGAGCAGCUCUCGCCUCCAGUGGCUGCUCAAACAGCAUCUGAACCUCUUCUACCAAUCCGGACAUCUGCUGCUAUACUUCCAGUCUCAGAGUUAUCAGAAGAAUCUGUGGCAUCAGCAGCACAUCCUGCUCAGGAGGAAACAUCUGUGCUGUCUGUGCAGGUGUUUCCUGUUUCAACAGGUGAUUCAGAACUUAGAGAAGCCCAAGGGGCGUCAGCAUCUGUCCCAGUCAUAUCUACUCCACAGCUGCAACACACGGCUUCAACAACAGCUACGUCACAGCCUUUAAACUCUGUAGUGCCUGUCCUGUCACCUCCAGCACAAACACCCCAGGCUGAGAGUCCAACUCCCAACCACAGCUCUCCACAAGGAUUAAACGGGCAACCCAUUAUGGCUGCCCCUGUCUUCACGAAGAGCCUACAGGACCUCAUUGCAUCAGAAGGCCAGCUGGUGGUGCUAGAGUGUCGCGUGAAAGGGGUGCCGUCACCUCGAGUGGACUGGUACAGAGAAGGAAAAAUCAUGGAGGACUCGCCUGAUUUCAGGAUCCUGCAGAAAAAGCCCAGAUCUCCAGCUGAUUCAGAGGAAAUAUGCACUUUGGUCAUUGCUGAGGUCUUUCCUGAAGAUUCGGGGGUGUUCACAUGUACAGCAAACAACAAGUAUGGAACCGUAUCUAGCAGUGCUGCACUCAGGGUCAAAGGCAAUGGCAGCAACAGCAACCAUGUGAGGUCUUCAAGCAGUUUAAUAGUGGAGCCAAGUCAAGUUCAAGAACUUUCCCCAUCAGCUCCUGCUGUAAAACCUCAACCAGAGGUUGUUAUAACCAGCAGCAUUAAGCCGCACUCCAGCACCAUUCGUCUUGACCCACUCGUCUCUAGCACCUUACGCCUGGACCCCUUAAACACUAGCAGCCUUCGUCUAGACCCUCACAACUCUAGCAUGUUGCGUCCCGACCCCCUCCGCACCAGCCUGCUCAAUCUGGAGCCCUCCAGCCUGAGCAGCAGCUCCUGCUUGAACUCUCACAGCACCAGCACCCCAAAUUUAGAUCCUCUCUCACACAAGGACCUUCUAGGAUCCAGUGGAGCACAUGGUGCCAGAAAAAUUUUCUCAUAUCCGAAAUCCUUUACUUCUCCAUCUGCAGCUGAGACUUCAGCACAGCAGGAGUUGUCCAGAUCUUCAGCGACAUCUCCUGACAUCAGUUCCAAAGUUAAGGGGACCCCAGCCCAUCAGAACGGGAGCCCUGUUGUGGUUCCCUUACCUGAUCCUCCACCCAACUCCUGCCUAAAGACAGGCAACCUUACAAACCACAAAGACUCACGAACCAACUCCAGAGCAGGCCGACGUGUGCACUUCAAACUGCCUGAGGAUGACGAGGGUGAACAAAGUGACACAUCUAGUCCCUUUGAUGAAGACAUCACUGAGGCAUCACUCAGCAAAGGACCACCACCAGUGCUGGCUAAGCCUAAACUGGACCCAGCUCAGCUCCAGAUCCUGCACAACCAGGUCCUCAUGGAGCAGCAGCAGGAGACUGAACCAGAAACGCAAACCCCCAUCCAGCCUCAGUCUCACCCACCGUACCAGACCCAAAUCCAGCCCGGAGUCCAGACCUCCCCUGAAGCUCCACUGUGGUCUCCAAGAAUACCGCAUGUGCCACCUUUACAUACUACAUCAGCCCUUCAGCAAACCCCCCACUCCGCACCUCCAGUGACCACCACCCCACAUGCGCCAGGAUCAACGUCUGCUGCAGCACUCAACGCCACCUUUUCACCUUUUCUUAACACUUCCCAAGCUUCCCUUUUGAGCUCUCCUCCUUCACUUCCACAGCAUAUGAAAUCCUCACUGGUGACCUCCCCUCCACCUGCCCCACAGCUAAACUCCGCCCCUUCUCUCAGUACAGCACCUGUAACCCAGAUGAACACCAUCCAUGCCUCCCAUAUUAACCUGUCCCCUGCAUCUUUUGCCAAAACUGCACCCACAGCCCAGUUUUGCUCUCCGCCUGCACCAAAGCUCAACACGGUUUCUACAGAUUCGACCCCGGCCUUGCAGCAGAUCACGUCCCCGGCUCCUCUUCUAAGAAGCACCCACGCCUCCCUCAUGAAUCUCACACCUACCUCACACUCCUUCAACUACAUCCGACCUAAAGAGUUUGUAACCGCUCAGACCCUCUCACCGGUCAGGAGUCCUUCCCCAACAGAGUCACCAGUACCACUAUUACACGAGCUGGCUGCUGAGCUCAACUCCUCCACGGCUAGCUCCCCUACUCUCCUCCCACCCCUCUCCCCACCACCCAGGAUUUUCCCCACAAGGGUGCUCAAGUCUCCCACCAGCCCAUCGUCUCUCGUAUCCUCGCCUACACCGGGGUCAGUGCAUAGCUUGUUCGUCCUAAGAGCCCAGUCACCCCCUCAGGCUUCUUCUCCCACCUCCAGCAGCUCCACCCCGAGUCCCAUCCAAAACCCCGUCGCCUUCCUCAGCUCCGUCCUGCCAUCCCUGACCCCGAGCCAGCCCACCAACUCAAUGGGCCUGCCCAAGGGAGCUCCGUUAGGGCUUCAAAAGAAGGCACUGAAGAUCCGCCCUCCGUCAGCUGAAGCCAUCCGCGAGAGCAGAGAAAUUAUCCUCCUCGACAUCGAGAAGAAGCUUCGAGUUAAAGACGACACUCCACAUUUUGUACAUCAGCAGAAGCUGAGUAAUGAGGGGAAAACAGCGAGCAGGCCCCUUGGACCAAACACUGCCGCUACUGUCAUUAACUAUGAUGAGGAGUAUAAAGUGUCCAGUUUUGAGCAAAGGUUAAUGAGCGAGAUCGAGUUCCGCCUGGAGAGGACGCCGGUGGAGGAGUCAGACGACGAGGUGCAGCACGAUGACGUUCCCACGGGAAAAUGCAUUGCACCCAUAUUUGAUAAGAAACUAAAGAACUUCAGGGCUAUGGAGGGAGUGCCUGUAACUUUCUCAUGUAAAGUAGUGGGAAUCCCGGCACCAAAGGUUUACUGGUUUAAGGAUGGCAAGCAGAUCCUGAAGAAGAAUGUCCAUUGCAAGAAGAUAAGAGAGGGGGACGGGACCUGUGCUUUACACAUAGAAUCCACGACCAGUGACGAUGAUGGAAACUACACCAUCAUGGUAGCCAAUCCACAGGGGCGAAUCAGCUGCUCAGGUCAUUUAAUAGUCCAAACGGGACCUCCCCGAAACCGAAUGACACCCAUUCAUGCUCAGAGGGUGCGAAACCGCAUACAGGAAGUUGAAGGUGAACAAAGUCAGGGGCGCUUUUUUCAACCUCACUUCCUCCAGGCUCCAGGGGACAUGAUGGCUCAUGAGGGAAGACUGUGCAGACUAGACUGUAAGGUGAGCGGCCUACCCAACCCUGAGCUCAUGUGGCUGGUCAACGGGAGGCCCGUUUAUCCAGACCUUUACCACAAGAUGCUGGUGAGAGAGAACGGCGUCCAUUCCCUGGUCAUUGACCCUCUCACUCAGAAAGACGCCGGCACAUACACCUGCAUCGCAAGCAAUAAAGCAGGGCAGAGCUCCUUCAGUCUGGAGCUGCAGGUUGUGGAAAAGGAAAGGAAGCACCCACCCCAGUUUGUGGAGAAGCUGCAGAACAUGGGGAUUCCUGAGGGAGCUCCAGUAAGGCUGGAAUGUCGCGUUGUGGGUAUGCCUCCUCCGGUCAUCUUCUGGAAAAAAGACAACGAGACUAUUCCCAGAACUAAAGACCGAAUCAGCAUGACCCAGGACGCCACAGGAUAUGUGUGUCUCCUUAUCCAGCCGACAACAAAAGACGAUGCAGGCUGGUACACAGUGUCAGCAAAAAACGAGGCUGGAGUCAUUUCAUGCACCUGCAGACUUGAUAUAUAUGCACAGUGGCAUCAGAGCAUCCCCGCACCCAUGAAGAAAACUCCACGAACAGGAAGUCGAUACGCGGCUCUGACAGGCCAGGGGCUCGACAUCAAGUCAGUGUUCCCCACGUCGGACACCAGCCCCAUCCUGUUCGCCAGCUCCCCACCGGAGGCCACACUGGAGAGCGAAGAACUGUGAGAGCUGGCGCAGGGGGAGGGACCCUCCAAACAGAUACUGCGACCUCUCUGAGGAGAGCGAUUACCUGAGCAGAUUUUGUGUGAUGCAUUUGAAGUGACUGAUUCAGAUUAGGACGGCAGAGAUUUAUUGUGUUAAAGAUGCAGCACUGAUAGUGGGGGUUUGUCACCAUUCCUAUUUACUCAAGUUAUACAACGAGUGUUUCACCUACAGAAAAAAAUAACAGAUUUGCAAAGUCUUAGCUCAUGAGCCAUCAGUGGAGUUCAGUUUCAUGCGUGAAGUUUUUGAAUGAAUCUGAUUUAUUGUCAACAUCAUACUUGGCUAUGAUGGCGAGGUUGCUGAAGAUCUGUUCUUAAUAUUUUGUCCUCUACUAAAGAGUGGUCCUGGCACCAUGUAUUUGUACUGCAAAUCACAUAUAUACCUGUAUUGGUAGCAAUAGUUUCUUUAAGACUUUACAUAGAAAGUAGCUUGUAUGUUUUUAUUUAUAGUAUAUAUUAGACGUUUGAAUGUGCCAUUUAGAUCGGUGUAUUUAAAUGGCUCUAGGAGGGUGGGGUGCUUCCUUCAGGUUCAUCACAUUUUGCAUCACGUUUUUCAUGUGCAUGUUUGCCUACGGCUGAUGAAGACUAUGAAAUAACUAAAGAAACACGCAGGCUCUUCUCAUAGUCAUUAUACAGCCAUGUUCAGUGCUCACCGGUGCCUUGAUUUCAGGUGAGAUAAUCAAUCUGCUUAAAAGCAAACUAAAGUUCAAGAAGUGUUUCCCAGAGGAAUGAGUCUGAAAACGACUGAAAAUGCGUCACUGACAUAUACAACAAAAGCAGCCAUUACUACUGAGCAUUCAAGUAAAAACAAGACUGCAGGCACACAUUCAGCUAAUGUAAAAUUGCACAUUGUAAAAUAGUUUUCUCCUUCUCAGAAUGAAGUUAUAUUUAUUCAAAUGGGUGACGUGUUUGCUUUGCUGGAACAGCUUCAACAGCACCUAAAAAACAUCUUCUCCAUUUCCUUCUCGGGUCUGUUUGAUUACAGUUCAUUUAAAUAUUUUCAUCUAAGAGGGCUUUAAAAUCCACUUUUAUUUUUUUUUGCUUUCACGAUUAUGAGCCUGUUUUGACUCUGCUCUAAUUGGAGUCCUAUUAGCUUAAACUGAUGCCAAAUACAAGGCAAAUGGGAAAGCUCAGAAGCCAAUUAAGCAUUGCUAAUCAGUCCAAUUAUAGAGGAUGAGAGUUCAAACAGGCAUAAAAUUAUGUUCACCUUACGUGACCCAAUUAUACUCGCUGCCUCAUCUGACCAGCUGCCAGGCCUACUUGUUAACUGGGUGCUGUGUGUGGGUGGGUGUUGUAAAGCAGUAAACAAUCAAGUGUUUUGUGGGUUUUUUGUUUGUUUGUUUUUUUAUUCUUAGAUUUUUUUUAAGCUGCAUUCGUUACACUUACAGCUCAUUUCGUGAUGAAUAUUGCCGUGAUGUUUUUUAAAAUACGUUAAACCUGAUAAUUGUUACUGUCUUCAUUGCACUGUAACAUCAAUGUUCUGAACACAGUUUUGUAAGUAACUGUCACAAAAUACAUUUGAUAAGCGCUCACAUGUGUUUGAGGAGAAGUUUAGCACACAAAGCAUUUCCUCUGAAAGCAAGUGUAAUCUUAUUUAAGCUGCUUGUUUAAGGUAAGGUGGAUCCUGAUGAUAAUGAGAUUUAUUAACUCAAUGUAGAUUAAACCUGGUCUUACACUUUCGCUUGCACUAAAGCAUACGCUUUCUUCCCUAAUCUCUAUUUCUCCAUGAGGAGAUCUGGAUUUUUGAGGGUGCAUGAUUCUCUCAGAGCAAACCAAUCACUCCUCAGAUGUGACAUAUGGCUUUUGACAGAGGGGCAUGGCUGAGCCAUCGGUGCUCCAACAAGCCAAUCGUAUGAGGGGCUGCAAAAAAAGAAAAGGGUGGAAGGCACGUAAGGGCAGGGCAACGUUGAGACGAGCCCCUCAGACAAGACAAGCAGCAGCUGGCAAACUGCAUCAAUCUGUAAUCAAUUAACCAACUGGUAGAUGGGAUUACAUGCCUAACUGCACAGCUAACCAGUCCAUCCCAAAAUGACCAGACAGCAUCAGCUUGUGUGCUUGACCCAAUACCAGAGACCGGCAUUAUGCUCGGGCUCCAACAGUGAUUAAUCAUUCAUAACCUGCCUCUACACCCAAGCUUUGAGCCUGUCAAUACACAGUGGCAGGAGCUGCAUGUCCUUCCUGACAAAGAAUGACAACAGGAAAGAAAACUCAACAAAACACAGCAGAAGCAGCAGUUAAAGAAAAAGAGUUAUCAUGUAAAAGAGCUGAAUUGUAAACAAAAGUGAGUCCCUUUUUUUAAGAAUACAAUCUUAUUAUGUAAAUUAGAGGUGUCAAACAUAAGGCCCAGGGGCCAGAAGAAGCCCAGCAAUGACUCCAAUCAGGCCCUCUGGGCAACUUUGGAAAUUGUGAAAGAGGGUGUAGAUUUUUAACUUUUAACUGUAUUUUCAUGUUUUACUGCAUUUCCUAUUGAUAAAGACCUCAACUGGUAUUCAAUAAUGAACUGAAAUAGUUAAGUAACAGAAAAGUUCCUGUUUUCUACUAUGUACUGUAAAAAUUUCUGUUUGUUAGUUGUUGUUUUUUCUCCAUGGUAAAAAAAAAAAAGCAAAAAGAAAAUAAAUACAA